AUGGUGAUUGCCGGAGCUCCUGAGCCGUUGCCAGAGCUCAUUGCCGCUUGGUCGGCAUCCGUCGCCAAGCCCCCGUCGGUCCCCCAAAGGGCGACCAUGGCGACGAAGCCUCCUCUACCGCCGGCUCUGAAAUCCGAGACAAUAGGCGCUGAAAAGACUCCUCCCCACGCACCCGCGGAGCCCCUUGCCGCGUCGGAGGCUGGCCCGUCUGCCCCCGCUGCUGUUCCGUCUGCUCUGCCUGCAGCCCCUGGCCCCCCGGCUCCCCUUGACGAUCCGUCGGCGUCUGCCCCUGAUGGGGGUGUUGCUGAUACCCCUGCACCUGUCCCUGGCGCCCCUGUUGCACCGACCGCUUCUGUCCCCUGCUUGCCUGCUCCGACCUCUGCUUUGUCACCGAAGGAGGCGUCCGCCACCGCUGGCGGACCGGCCCCGUUGGUUGCACCCUUGGCGGCGGGUCAGUCCGCACCUGCUGUGACACCGGUGGCCCCGGCGGGUCAACCGUCACGCCCGCCGUCUCCCGACCGUCGCUCGUCGCGCCCCCAUUCCCCCGCGCCCCACCAGGAGCGCAAGUCGUCUCGUCGCCGGUAUCCUGGUGCCGCCAGCUCCUUCUCCCGCUGUCUCGGCGCCUGCUCCCGGCUCUCGUCUCCAACUGCCGCCGGUUCGCCCGUUGCGGGAGUGGAGUUUGUGGCCGCGGGUGGUGGCACGGCGGCGGCUCCGUAUGCUCUCCAAGUUGUAGCUGAUGAGCCGCUCCAGUUCCUGGCGGAGGCAAUCAAGCCUCCGCAGACCCGUGUUCCUGAGGCGACACUCGGCCAGCUCCACCGCCUCGCUGAGAACGCGGCGGACCAGCUCGCAUUGUUGCUAGCGCCCGUGCUGGCUGCGCCCGCAGAGGGUGGCGCUGCUGCUGCGGGACAGCUUGACGAGGCUGUCCAGGGCUUGAGGCGGCACUUGCGCGCAGGAUCUGGAGCCGCGGCGAUCGGCGCAAGCACGCUUGUGGUCCGGGAGUUAUGGCGCUCCCUGACGGGCGUUCUACACGCCCUUGGAGCUCACCGCAUGUAG